GGCGUGUGUGCAUGUGAGAGUGUGUGUGGAAAAAAAAGGAAGCGGAGCCUGUAAACGGCGAACUCACCGCUUUCCUCUCGCCCCCCAAGCAACCAGCAGCUACGGGUUACUUUUUGUUCCCCCCCGCCCCCUUCUCGUCGUCGAUGAAAGAGCGAGUAGGAAUACUUCGAACCGGGCUGGGGGGGAGGAGGUGCCGCCGAACCCCGCUCUCGCUCGUCUCAGCCCAGCUCGCCUCGUUGCCUUCGGACCUAGGAGCGAGGUGAAGCUGCCUUUUGUUGAAACAAGUGCCGCUCGCCUCAGCUCCCUUUGCUUGCGGCCAGUGGGGGUUUAUUAAUGUAAGGGAUAAAAAAAAAAAAAAAAAAAGUCUGCUUUGUGCGUGUGUCUGGAUUUGGUGCGGCGAGUUGGUUGGGUCAUCCCGGGCGAGGAUUUAAAGAACUUGUUUGCACCGAGACUCUUCAAGAAUCAGCAGACUGGCGGCUUUUCUGAAACACUGGGGUUGUUGGUGUGGCCAAAUUUUCCCUGGAUUUGACCAGUAAAUUCAGAAGACUGAAGCCCAGGCUCACAGUCUACCUUUCACGGAGGCCCAGCCGUGAGAGGACUGAGGAAGGCACGUGGCGGAUCAUGACGGCUGACAAAGAAAAGGAGCGGGAGAAAGAGCGGGACAGAGACAGAGAUCGGGACAGGGACAAGAGGGAGUCCGGGAAGUCCCGCCGGCAAGACGGGGAACGGGGCGAGAGCGAGAGCUCCAGGCCCAGGCGCAGUUGCACGCUGGAGGGCGGCGCCAAGAACUAUGCAGAGAGCGAACACAGCGAGGACGAGGACAACGACAACGGCAGCACGGGCGGAGGCAGCGGCACGGCCGAGGAGGCCGGCAAGAAGGGCAAGAAGAAGAUGCCCAAGAAGAAGUCCCGCUACGAGCGCACAGAGAACGGAGAAAUCACGUCCUUCAUCACGGAAGACGAUGUUGUUUACAGACCAGGAGAUUGUGUGUACAUUGAGAGUCGCCGGCCCAACACUCCUUACUUCAUUUGUAGCAUUCAAGAGUUCAAACUGAGUAAACGGGACCAUCUGCUGAUGAAUGUGAAAUGGUACUAUCGCCAAUCAGAAGUGCCCGACUCUGUCUACCAGCACCUGGUGCAGGAUCGCAACAAUGAGAAUGACUCCGGACGUGAGCUGGUUAUCACAGACCCAGUGGUCAGGAGUCGAGAGCUCUUCAUCUCUGACUAUGUGGACACUUAUCAUGCUGCUGCUCUCAGGGGGAAAUGCAACAUUUCACAUUUCUCCGACAUUUUUGCUGCCAGGGAGUUCAAAGCCCGUAUUGACUCCUUUUUCUAUAUCCUUGGAUAUAACCCCGAGACCAGGCGGCUCAACAGCACUCAGGGGGAAAUCCGGGUGGGCCCCAGUCACCAAGCCAAGCUUCCAGAGCUGCAGCCUUUCCCCUCCUCUGGUGGCCAGGCCGUGACGGAGAACGAGGAGCUGGUCUGGAUGCCGGGGGUCAACGACUGUGACCUUCUUAUGUACCUCAGAGCUGCGAGGAGCAUGGCUGCCUUUGCAGGGAUGUGUGACGGAGGCUCAACAGAGGAUGGAUGUCUUGCAGCCUCUCGAGAUGACACUACAUUAAACGCACUCAACACUCUUCACGAGAGCAGCUAUGAUGCCGGCAAAGCUCUCCAGCGCCUGGUGAAGAAACCAGUGCCAAAGUUGAUAGAGAAGUGCUGGUCCGAGGAUGAAGUGAAACGCUUCAUUAAAGGCUUGAGACAGUUCGGCAAAAACUUCUUCAGGAUCCGGAAGGAGCUCCUGCCUAACAAAGAAACGGGUGAGCUGAUUACCUUCUACUACUAUUGGAAGAAGACCCCAGAGGCGGCCAGCUGUCGAGCCCAUCGCAGACAUCGCCGCCAACCUGUUUUUCGGCGCAUCAAGACACGAACGGCUUCGACUCCUGUCAAUACGCCUUCCCGUCCACCCUCUAGUGAAUUUUUGGACCUCAGUUCAGCCAGUGAAGAUGACUUUGACAGCGAGGACAGUGAACAGGAGCUGAAGGGCUACGCCUGCCGCCACUGCUUCACGACAACUUCCAAGGACUGGCACCACGGAGGAAGAGAGAACAUCUUGCUGUGCACAGACUGCCGCAUUCACUUCAAGAAGUACGGAGAGCUGCCUCCCAUCGAGAAGCCUGUGGACCCACCGCCAUUUAUGUUCAAACCUGUCAAAGAGGAAGAGGAUGGGCUCAGCGGCAAGCAUAGCAUGAGGACCAGACGGAACCGAGGCUCGAUGUCAACGCUACGUAGUGGUCGUAAGAAGCAAACAGCCAGUCCCGAUGGCCGAGCCUCGCCUAUCAAUGAGGAUCUGCGCUCAAGCGGACGUACUUCGCCCAGUGCUGCAAGUACUGACAGCACCGACAGCAAGACGGACACCAUGAAGAAGCCCAGCAAGAAGAUUAAAGAAGAGGCUCCCUCACCCAUGAAGAGUGCCAAACGGCAGAGAGAGAAGGGAGCUUCGGACACAGAGGAACCCGAGCGGGCCUGUGCCAAAAAGUCCAAAACACAAGAGCUGAGUCGACCAGACUCCCCCUCCGAGUGUGAGGGAGAAGGUGAGGGCGAGGGCGAGAGCUCCGAUGGACGCAGUAUCAAUGAGGAGCUCAGCAGCGAUCCUAAGGACAUUGACCAGGACAACCGUAGCUCUUCUCCGAGCAUCCCCAGUCCCCGCGACAAUGAGAGUGACUCGGACUCUUCUGCCCAGCAACAGCAGCUCUUGCAGAGCCAGCACCCUCCGGUCAUCCAGUGUCAGCCAAGCACCUCAUCAGCUGCUCCCCCUGCACCGCCGCCGCCUCCUCCCGCAGCCUCGGCCCCUUCACUGCCCCCACAGGUCUCCCCUACGGCGGCCUCAGCCUCUCUGCCACCUCAAGCGGGCCCCAUGGCUCUCAUCCAGUCGGGAGCCUCCCUCCAUCCUCAAAGGCUCCCCUCUCCGCAUUCACCGCUGACUCAAGCCCCGCCUCCAGGUCCCCCGGUGCCACCGCCGUCAUUACCCGGCUCGCAUCACAGCCCCAUGCCGCAUCCGCUGCAGCCCGGCCCCCCGCACAUGCCUCACCCUCACUCGCUGCCUGCCCAAGGCUUCCCUGUCAGUCAGUCUCAGGUCCCGCCCCCGCCAAUCUCAGGCCAGUCGCAGCCAAGGCCGCACACCCCACCCUCUCAGUCGUCUUCUCACAGCGGAGGACAGCCUCCCCGGGAGCAGCCACUUCCACCUGCCCCAAUGUCAAUGCCUCACAUCAAGCCCCCACCGACCACACCUAUCUCCCAGAUCCCCACCCCACAGUCCCACAAACACGCGCCGCACGUGUCGGCACCUCCAUUCCCGCAGAUGCCUUCCAACCUGCCUCCGCCUCCCGCCCUCAAGCCCCUCAGCUCGCUAUCCACCCACCACCCUCCGUCGGCGCACCCGCCUCCGCUUCAGCUCAUGCCUCAGGGGCAGCAGCUUCAGCCUCCCCCAGCGCAGCCUCCGGUUCUCACCCAGUCCCAAAGCCUCCCUCCAUCAUCCAGCCACCAGCCUUCUUCAGCUCCUCCACUGCCGCCCUCUGUGGGGGCGUUGCACCCCAAUGGGCCGCCACAGCUGCCGUUCUCCCCUCAUCCUUACAGCACAGUUCUACCUCCAACUGGCCCCUCCGCUUCCUCAUCAAACUCUAUGCCGGGCUUGCAACCUGUGUCUUCCUCCGUCCCACCCUCCUCCAUCUCCAUGCCGCUCCCUGCGUCCGUCGCUUGUGGCGGCUUGGGCACAGGGAUCCCGCCCGUUCACAUCAAAGAGGAGCCGCUGGACGAGACGGAAGAGCCAGAGAGCCCCCCGCCCCCACAGAGAAGUCCUUCCCCCGAGCCCACCGUCGUAAACACGGCAAGCCAUGCCAGCCAGUCUGCACGGUUCUACAAGCAUCUGGACCGCGGUUACAACUCAUGCGCUAGGACCGAUUUCUACUUCACUCCUUUGGCCUCGUCCAAACUGGCCAAGAAACGAGAGGAAGCUGUGGAGAAGGCCAAGAGAGAAGCAGAGCAGAAAGUGCGGGAAGAGAAGGAGCGCGAGAAAGAGAAGGAAAGGGAACGGGAGAGAGAGCGGGAACGAGAAAAGGAGGCCGAGCGAGCAGCGGUGAGUUGGCGUGCUUGUUUUACUUUGGGGCCAUUUCCUUGCGAACGCUUUCGAAACACGGAUGCUCUCGCCUCACAGAAAGCCUCCUCUUCGGCCCACGAGAGCAGAAUGGGCGAACCGCAGAUGGCCGGGCCCGCCCACAUGCGUCCCCCCUUUGACGGACCCCCCACCACUAUUGCAGCCGUGCCUCCGUACAUCGGGCCCGACACCCCUGCCCUGCGCACCCUGAGCGAAUACGCCCGCCCUCACGUCAUGUCCCCCACCAAUCGAAACCACCCCUUCUUUGUGUCCCUCAACCCCGCAGACCCACUGCUGGCCUACCACAUGCCCGGCCUCUACAACGCCGACCCGGCCAUGCGGGAGCGCGAGUUGCGCGAGCGGGAGAUGCGCGAGCGGGAGAUUCGCGAGCGGGAGCUGCGGGAAAGGAUGAAGCCCGGUUUUGAGGUCAAACCUCCCGAAAUGGACACGCUCCACCCUUCCACAAACCCCAUGGAGCACUUUGCCCGGCACGGGGCCAUCACGUUGCCUCCCAUGGCCGGCCCUCACCCUUUCGCCUCUUUCCACCCGGGCUUGAACCCGUUGGAGCGUGAGCGGCUGGCCCAAAACCUACAGCUGCGGCCGGACAUGAGCUACCCGGAGAGGCUGGCGGCGGAGAGACUCCACGCCGAGAGGAUGGCCACCGUGGCCAAUGACCCCAUCGCCAGGCUCCAGAUGUUCAACGUCACGCCGCACCACCACCAGCACUCGCACAUCCACUCCCAUCUGCACCUGCACCAGCAAGACCCCCUUCACCAAGGUUCGGGGGCCCACCCCCUGGCCGUAGAUCCCCUGGCAGCCGGACCGCACCUGGCUCGCUUCCCAUACCCGCCCGGCGCCAUCCCCAACCCACUCCUUGGACAGCCGCCGCACGAACACGAGAUGCUACGCCACCCGGUCUUCGGAGCUCCGUAUCCGCGGGACCUGCCCCCGCCCAUGUCGGCAGCCCACCAGCUGCAGGCCAUGCACGCCCAGUCGGCCGAGCUCCAGAGGCUGGCCAUGGAGCAGCAGUGGCUCCACGGCCACCAUCACAUGCACGGAGGUCCGCUGCCCGGCCAGGAGGACUACUACAGCCGACUGAAGAAAGAGAGUGACAAGCAGUUGUAACGUGUUCAGGGAGCUGGCAGGAAGCUGAAGAAUGCAAAAAGGCCAAGUGGAUCCUAUGCUUUAUAUUUUUAUCCCCCCAAGACAUUUCUUUGGUAUAUAGCCAGUAAACGUGACACAACAUUCUGAAGACUCCUGCAUGACAAGCUUCCCUGACAUCUUUGUGUAGGUGCUAGAACAAGAAGACACACUGUGCUUAUCCAAAAAACAAUGUGGCCGCUUAUGGAAAAUAACAAGUGCUAUCUUAAAUUCAACAUUUAUUUUAAUACGUUGUUGUUGUUUUUUUUUAAUCAUUUUAAAAAGAGCGACCGCAUGGAGGUUUUUUUUCCUUUUUUGGAAUUUGUAAAUAGUAUAUAUAAACAUAUACGAUUAUAAUUAUUAUUAUUAUUACUAGGUGUGGACAAACCAGUUGUUUCAACCUCCGCUGCAGUUGUGUUGAUGCAUUAUCCCUUGUUUCAGAGGGGAGCACCAUGGCAUUAUUCUUCUUCUUAUGAUUUGAGCCAUUUGAAUUGUGACCUUGGUCUGACAUUGCCGUGUUAGAUUUAGUCCCAAGUAGCCCAUGUGAUGGUCCCCGCCCCGACCCAAAACCUGUCACACCCACUCAUCACACACACACACACACCAGCUUUUUCAGAAUGUGUCAACGCGGCAUGUUGACCUUGAGACUUGAAACACUUGAAGCUUCAAUUCAUCCAUGACGACAACUACAACGGACAUUUGCACUGACAUUUAUUUUUAUCCUCUCCCACCAUUGUCAUUUAAGCCCAAUACAUCAACUAAUAUAAAAUGACCUUUUUCUCAACAAUUUGGACAGUGCCAGAAGUCUCUUUUUUUUAUGCUACGUGAAUUUUAUACAUCACAGGAGCCCCGUAGGACUUUUAACGGUGGCAUCCUCUCCCGUCAUGUUCACUGUGCUCUGCCAACAUGCGACCAUCAGGAAGCGUACGUGUGCGUAUGAUUGUGUGUGUGCUUAUGAUCGUGUGUGAUUGUGUGCGUGCGUGUGUGUCUCACACUAUUGUGCGCUUCAAGUUUGACAACUCGAUGCACGAAGACUGUUUGACUUGUCAUGGAUUUCAACAAAACUGUGGCUUAUUCGUUUUUUAUGAUUUUCUUUUUGCCAAAUGAAGAAACUGUACUCGCAUUUAAAUGACCAUGUCAUAGUUCCUCGGAGCACUAUUUUUAUGUUUUGCAAGCGGAAAGUCUUCUGACCUUCUCUUACUGACGCACUCUUCAUCCUCCCGUCCUUUCCCAAGCGUCCUUUGCCUUUCCCGCCCUGUUUUUGUGUCUCCAAACCUUUGGUGUCCAGUGUUGUCAAUGGUUUAGCUUCUCGUUUCAAAGCGGCAGCAGCAGAAUGUCCGUUCUGACUGCCGAGAUUUCUAUAUAUACUGGUAUCUUGAAGCUUAUUGUAUAUAUGAGUAGUCGCCAUGGGAUGACACAAUGUAAACAAAAAGUAGAAAGAAUAAGACAAAUUGUGAGUCCUGUGUUCUCUCCAUUUGAGUAUUUUGUAAUUUUUUUGAAAAAUUUGUGGAAUUAAAAUAAACUUCUAAGUUACACCACAA